AUGGUAUUUACUGACUCUAUGGGCUCGGCCCAUAAAGCAGUGGACCCCUCUGUGCAUUCUGGUCAGGCUUUUACAUGGUUUGAGGCGGAUGAUUUCUGCCACAUCACCUUUGUUUACGUUCCAUCUGCUCUGCGGUGGGACAUUCAUGGUGAGGCACACAAGUAUGUCACUGAACUCAAAGUCAGGGUUGGACAUCGCAAGACGGACAAUUCUAUAGACGUGCUGCACUCUCGAGCCGUGCACUCAGUCCUGGAUUUGUGGAGUUCCACUUUCCAGGAUCCAACUUACCGAGGCUCUGAAUUGUUAGAGCUUCAACAGCCUGACAGGCAGCCGAUCCAGCCAUCGUACCUCAAUGGGGGACCUUGGCUUUCAACCUUCGGACACAGUAUUACUGAGUUCGCUCGCGUUUGCCAGUGCAUAACUGGCCACGCGCCCAUUGGAGUGUACUACUGUCACUUCAAGAUCAAUGAGCCUCACAGCUGCACUUGUGGGGCUGCUUUGCAGUCCCAUCAGCACAUCCUCUUUUGCUGUCAUGAUAGAUACUCUGUACACUAUCCCCGUUUUCUCAAAGAUAUUGCAUCAUUUAUGAAGUACAACCCUACAGCGUUUGGCUUCAACCAAGACCCUUUGGGGGUCAGAUAA